UUCACUGGAGAGGACGGCAUAUGUACUUACAUUCCUUCGCAGGCUGACAGCUACAUCAACGCGUCCGAUUCGUGUAAGGUGCAUGGAGGAGUUCUCGUGACGAUGAAGACCUCGCUGAAGCAACAACUGGUGGCCGAUGCGCUAAACAAACGACCGGUUUGGAACAACUGGCUGUGGAUUGGCCUCGACGACAUGCAACAAGAAGGAACUUUCAUUUGGUCGGACGGCGCGACGUGCACAGUCGACGAACAAAAUUUACUUUUCUAUGGAGGAAAACCCAGCCCAAGAACCCGUGAGGAAGAUUGCGCUGUGCUCUCAAAAUCAACUUUUUUAGUUAACGAUGUCAUAUGCACUUAUAAGUACUCGUAUAUCUGUGAGAUCAAGAAUUUUUAA